AACCAGGCGCAUGCUGGACAGCCCAACGACCACUCCAUCAUAGUGAGGACGGCAAGAUUCUCUCAGGAGCCGGCAGACCAGACAGUGGUGCGGGGCCAAAGGGUGAUCCUGUCCUGUGUUGUGUUCAACUACUCUGGAAUUGUUCAGUGGACCAAAGACGGUCUGGCUCUGGGCAUAGGAGAGGACCUCCGGGCCUGGCCUAGGUACCGUGUGCUGAGGGUCCAGGAGCUGGGUCAAUACAACCUAGAGAUCCUGUCCGUUGACCUGUCUGAUGACUCCUUAUAUGAGUGCCAAGCCCCUGAUGCUGCCUUGAGGUCUAGAACGGCCAAACUCACCGUCCUCAUUCCUCCUGACGACCCGGUGAUUGAUGGGGGUCCAGAGGUUCUGCUUUAUGCAGGGGAAUCAUACAACCUGAGCUGUGUGUCUCGAGGGGCUAGACCGGCCUCAAAAAUUGAGUGGCUUAAAGACGGUCUGCCUGUGGAGGGCGCUGUCAAUGAUACUGAGGUGCUUUCAGACCGGAAGAGAAUGACAACACACAGCUACCUUCCUGUCCAGCCCAUUGACACUGACACUGGGCGGAACUACAGCUGUAUUGCCUCCAACCCGGCUGUUCCCACUGGCAAAAGCACAACUGUCACUCUUAAUGUGCACCAUCCACCAAUAGUGACCUUGUCCAUUGAGCCUCGCUCUGUUCUGGAAGGGGACAGAGUCACCUUCACCUGCCAGGCUCAUGCUAACCCUCCUAUUAUGGGAUACAGGUGGGCAAAAGGCGGUGUGGUGCUGCAGGGUGCCAGGGAGAGUGUGUUCACUACCAAGGCUGACCACUCCUUUUUCACUGAGCCAGUCUCCUGUCUGGUUUUCAAUGCUCAGGGGAAGACCAAUGUCAGCAUCUUGGUAGACGUUCAUUUUGGCCCGAUACUGUUGGUUGAGCCACAGCCAAAAACCGUUGACGUUGACUCAGAUGUCACCCUCAAUUGCAAAUGGGCCGGAAACCCUCCGCUCACCCUUACCUGGUUUAAGAAGGGUUCAAACAUGGUUUUGAGUAACAGCAAUCAGCUGUAUCUGAAGUCAGUGAGCCAGGCGGAUGCGGGCCAGUAUGUAUGUAAGGCAAUCGUGCCACGGAUUGGAGUAGGAGAGACUGAGGUGGCGCUCACUGUCAAUGGUCCUCCCAUCAUCUCCAGUGAACCCGUCCAGUAUGCUGUGAGAGGAGAAAGAGGAGAGGUGAAGUGCUACAUAGCCAGCACACCUCCUCCAGAUAAGAUAGUGUGGGCAUGGAAGGAGAAUGUGUGGGAGAAGGAGAAGGGGACUCUGCUAGAGAGGUACACGGUGGAGCAAAGCAAACCAUCAGCUGAAGGUGGCGUCCUCUCCACUCUCACCAUCAACAAUGUGAUGGAGUCUGAUUUCCUGUCCACCUACAACUGCACAGCGUGGAACCCUUUCGGCCCAGGAACCAUGAUCAUCACACUGGAGGAGAAUGAGGAGGUUCCGGUGGGAAUAAUAGCAGGCGGGACAGUGGGCUCUACCAUCCUCCUUUUCAUCUUUUUACUGGUCCUUGUUCUUAUCUUCUAUCGGCAGCGCAAAGGCAGCCGGCGUGGUGUCACGCUGGGUAAGCCUGACAUCAAGGUGGAGACGAUAAACAAGGAGACCCACAGCUUGGAGGAGGACUCUGGCAGUGUGUCCACAGCUUCGCGCAUGGUCAAGGCCAUGUACUCGUUUCUCCCCUCUGUGUCCUUCUCUCCCUCCAAUCAGCCUUUUAAAGAUGACAUAGAGCUCAAGUCUGACCUCCGCAGUGACACCCUGGACACCCGUCAGGAGUAUGACCUAAAGGACCCCACUAAUGGCUACUACAAUGUGCGAGCCUCCACUCAUGAUGAAAUCCACCCUGGCCCCCGUUCCACCAUGCACUACUCUGACUACCGCUCCCCUGGUGGAACACCAGGAGGAGCACCAUCUAUCAGUAGCAGCACUGGAGGCUCAGGAGCCACUGCCAGUGGAGGAGCCCCUGGUCCCCUAACGUCCCCUGGGCGCCCUCAAGCCUGCUACGACCCCCGGCCACCUUCCAGACUGUCCCACAUCAGCUAUGCUCAGUUCAACACUUUUACCCGUGGUGGCCAGAGCCAGCAGCCCCCAACUAACCCAGCUCCCGCUGUCAGUGAGUUCCCUGGGGACUGCAGCCUCCUGGACUCCUCUUCCCAGCUGGCCUAUGACAACUAUGGAUAUCCCUCACACUACCAGACCUACCGCAUGGGUUUUGCACCAUCCAGCCUGGCCCCUCUAGAGGCAGGCCCCUCUUAUGAGAUGUAUGGGGUGGGAUCUGGAGUGGGCAGCCCAGGAGUCGGAGUUAGUUCCGGAGGUCCACCUCCCUCAGGAUCAGACACUGGACUUGGAAAGUAUGGCAGCUCUACUCGCUUCUCCUACACCUCGCAACACUCUGACUACUCUCACAAUCGACACACACAGAGAAUGCAGACUCACGUGUGAGACAGAGAUGUGCAAACACCUCACACUCUUAACUGAGCAUGAGGACGCAUCCUAUAAAUAGUGUCAUGCCCAAAAAACUCACACAGUCACAAAUUCACCUGCACACAUUCCCGGACUACAACACACCCCUCUGCACACAAACAUGACAGAGCCACCAAAAAUAUCAGACACACUUAACCAUGCACAAAAUCAGAAAACAAAAGAGAGGCACGGAGAACAAAAAGACUUAGGAAUGAAGGAGUUCCGGUAACACAGCGAAGGGAAAUUACACACAGUUUAGAGUCUCACAUGCCCAUCGUGUUUGUAUAGCUAAGCUCUGAAAGAGCUGAAAGUGCAAGUCACAAUCAAGACUGGGAAUGAGAGCAAGACUUCGAAAAAGGACAAAAGAUCAAAGAUCUUUGGAGCCCUUAGCUUUGGCUAAGAACUGACAUUGUAAAAUGAUAAGACAACGUCUUCAAGCAAACUGACUUUCUCAUAUGUUACAUGCUAAUUAGAAGGAACCUCACCCGGUGGAAGUCAUUUCUGGCCGCCAUUUUUUUAUUUUCUGUUAGUUGACACUCUCAUUCAAUUAUGAUAGAGCACAUCCACAGCAUAUAAUGUCCCGGAAGGCCUGUGUACAGUUAUCAUCAUGCCUUUUAGGCAGAGAGGGGGAGUGAGUUGAGUUAGGGGUAAUGGUUGGAGCUGUGGACAUAAUUUUGCAAAGCAUCUACAAUAUUCAUGCUUUGACAUCCCCUAUCUAUAUCUCUUUUAUGUUUCUUUCGUUUUUUUACACUAUUCACUAGAGCUUUGUAUUCUAUUUUUUAACAUUACAGAAUUAUUUUUGUCAAUAUAGGGUGGAUAAAGUGUAUGUACGGACCAAAAGUUUGAGGGACAACCACCAAGUCAGAGUGAAGAACUGUGCCAAAGUCAGAUGUAUUUCACACCAGGUGCAUCACUGUAAAAAAAUGGAAAAGAAAAAAAAGAAGAAACCUUGUGCCAAGUGUUCAUGUUGUUUUUCACCUUAAACCGUGUAUAUGCAGUAGAAGCUCCUUAUUUUGGCGGAUGUUGCUUUUAAAGCCAGGCCUGGGAAGAGUCUUUCCCAGACAUUUUUUCAAGGCUGGAGCCUUUUUUACAGAGCUCCUGACCUUUAGCCUGUUGCAGACGGAGAGGAAAAUCACAGAUGAUGGGUUUAGAGUGGCCUUAUAGAGGAACAUGUUAUACAUUUCCAUUUUAAAUCAUUCAUCAUUGUCUGUUUGUCAAAUUGGCCAGAGGAGAAUGUGUAUGGAGAGGUGUAAUGAAGGUUUGUUCACAAUGUUGACAUGUAUGACUGUGUGUGUAUGAUGGUAUGAGUGAUAAAGAUUGAGCGGUGGUUUGUGGGUGUUGGUGCUCAGACCGAUUGGUUUUGUUUGUAAAGAGAUAUGAAUGGGUGUAUGAAUGGAAAGCAUACUGUCAACAUGUAUACAGUAUGUGCAUUUAUGGUACAUUUGUGCGCGCGUGACUGUGUGUGCAUGUGUUUCAGUAUAUGUCCAUACCAUUUCUCUCAAAAUCCUGUUACAGUACUUUUAUACCUCUGGUAGGACUGUAUCCUGUAUAAUUGUGUCUUUGAAUUUAGAAAAAUUCAAUGUUUAUCUUAUUGUACUGUUCGUAGCAGCAAAAACUGUUUAAAUGAUGUACAACGAACGUUAUCAAACUCAUUUUUUUAUUUCAUUAUCUUCAAUAUUUUUUAAAAAUGGUAUGUAAUUAUUUUUCCACAGUAUUACAUAAAUAAAAGCACUGUUUUUUUU